GAUCCUAGCAUCGGCCUCCAGAAUAAGGAUGGAAUGAUCCAUGUCGGGCAAGGUGUGCACGUCAACCAGGAAUCCGGGCAACAUGCGGAAAGCAGAGUGCGACUCCAUGUUUUGCAAGAUCACUGCUGCUUCCAUAGGGCUGCUUUUGACUACACCUGAGGGAGAAAGGUACCGCCAGGCUGAAAGGGCAGCCCGGCACCAGAAGAUACUGCGGUACCUGUCAGAAAAGCUGUCCUAUCUCAAGAGAAAUCACUACAAAGGCUCAUCCCUUUGCUGCCUGUCCUCCCCCGAUGCGUGGUCCCACCACAGACUGCCUAUGCUGUUGCAGGUCUGCCACCGCUUGCACCCCAUCUUGUAGCCUUUUUACCUUUUUCUUUAUAUUAAUUUAGCUUAAUUUAUAUGUUGCCAAUACUAUUGAAAUUGAACAAAUGUACUAUCGCAGCCAAUAUGAGCUGAAACGCCACUGCACGUGGCACGCGAUGAGAGUUGUCUCUCAGAUUGUUAAGCAAACGUUGCUGUGCGCUGAGGUAGAAACAAAUCACUUCUUGUGCUCGUUGCACCACUAUGCCGUUCCGUGCCGAUUUCCAGCUCAUAGUGGCACAAUGAGUGCAAGAAGCAACCUGCCUAAAACUCAGCAAACACAGAGGCUCACUGAAAAUCCGACAGGUGGCUCUGAUAGUACCACACGCCAUGCGUCAUGGCGCUUCAACUAAUAUUGGUCACAAUAGUACUUCCUCAAAUGUUUCUGGUUUUCUGUUCCACCUAGCCAUUCUGCCCAGCGAAACUAUAUAUGAUUUCAUAACUUCAUAAUAAAAAUA